AUGCUUAUCCCAAGUAUGAAUAUUUCAAGUCUUAUGGUCCAUGCCAAACAAAUUGAGGAGCAAAAGCUCAAGAAGAUGAAUAGGGAGGUGAAGAGGGCUAGGACUGGUGAUAAGAACUUUUCCAAUGUUAAGUCUGAUGGGCAAGGUCGGCAAAGGUUCAAACAAGGUUCCUCUAGUGCUUACCCAAUGGUCAACAAGGAUAGCGUACUUAACCCUAAGCCUCAAAAAGGGUAUGACAAGGGAACUCCACUGGCAAAGCCUACUUGUGCCAAAUAUGGUAAGAAACAUGAUGGUAAAUGUUUAGCCGGUUUGGGUUGCUGUAAGAUUCGCCAUCAAUUAAAGAAUUACCCAACACUUACGGCCAAGGGAAGAGAAGAUAAGCAAAAUCCACCAAGCGGUUCACACUCCAAUUCUAGAAAGCAAAACCACUUUAAUGCUCUUCGAGAAGUCCAUAAGAGCUCACUGGAUGUGGUGACCGGUUCCGGCAUUAUUUCUUCUUGUGCAAAGCUUGGAUUGACUAUUCUCCAGAGCUUGUGGUGA